UCGGCCCAUAUCCACUCCAGCACCGGCCGACAAGACUCCGGCGCGCGAGAGAGGGAGCGCGCCGCGGCCGGCGGCCGGUCCGGGGAUUCCGGCCAUGCGGGUGCUCCCGCUGGCGCUCGCCGCCGCCAUCUUCUCCGGCGUCGCCGCCAUCCUCAUCUACCUCUCCGGCCUCUCCUCAUAUGGUGCCGGCGGUGGGCUCUCGGAGGCGGACCUGGCGGCGCUCGCCGCGCUGCAGGGGGAGUUCGGCAAGUGCGUGGAUGCUAACGGUCUAGGACUGCAAGCAGUUGCUGGAGAGGAUUACUGUCAUGUCGUAAUGCAGUACCCAAGUGACACAGUUUCCAAGUGGGAAGAUCCAAAAACUAAAGAGCCUGAAGGUUUGUCAUUUGAGUUCAAUCUCUGUGAAGCUGUGGCCUCAUGGGAGCAGGUUCGCAAUAGUACCACAGUACUCACAAAGGAAUACAUUGAUGCAUUACCAAAUGGUUGGGAGGAGUAUGCAUGGCGCAGGAUCAACAAAGGAGUCCUUCUGAAUAAGUGCAGGAACAGAACUCUUUGCAUCGAGAAGCUUUCAUUGGUUCUCCCUGAGACACCACCGUAUGUACCUCAGCAAUUUGGUAGAUGUGCUGUUGUCGGGAACUCCGGGGAUCUUCUUAAAACUAAAUUUGGGGAUGAGAUUGAUUCUUAUGAUGUUGUCAUUAGAGAAAAUGGUGCACCCAUCCAGAAUUACACAGAAUUUGUUGGUACAAAGAGUACAUUUCGCCUUCUUAAUAGAGGAUCUGCAAAGGCACUGGAUAAUGUUGUCAAGUUAGAUGAAACAAGAAAGGAGGCACUAAUCGUUAAGACGACAAUACAUGAUAUCAUGAACCAAAUGAUUCGGGAACUUCCAAUAACCAAUCCAGUAUACCUAAUGCUAGGCACAUCAUUUGGUUCAUCUGCUAAAGGAACUGGGGUUAAAGCUCUUGAAUUUGCUCUUUCCAUCUGUGACAGUGUUGACAUGUAUGGCUUUACAGUAGACCCAGGCUACAAGGAAUGGACAAGAUACUUUUCAGAGUCCAGAAAAGGACACACUCCGCUACAUGGGAGAGCAUAUUAUCAGAUGAUGGAAUGUCUUGGCCUUGUAAAGAUCCACUCGCCGAUGCGAGGUGAUCCAGGUAGGGUCGUGAAGUGGCUGCCUACCAAGGACACCAUUGAAGCUGCUAGAGUUGCUUCUGAUAAAUUGUUGAAGAGACCUGGGGCUGGAAGCGAUGAGCCUCUGAGCACUUGCACUAUGAUAAAGAAGCGUGAGAAAGGAAAAGCGCCAAACAGAUCCGGCCUCCGGGAUGCUGCUAUGGACCACCUUAGGUACAUGAAAGGUGCCACCAGGUAUCCCUUGGAGCGGAACGCCGGGGGUGGUUACCUCUGCAUGAUCAACGAUGGAUAGCGCUAACAGCUCCACAAAAUUCCCAUUCGACACCCCAGAUGGCGGCAAAACACAGCAGAAGUCGUGGAGCCUUGAGAGGAAUGCCGUGCACAUAUCAAUUGCACUCGAGUAUUUGGCGGCAACCAAUUGCCGCAUGCGUGCAGUUUUGAAAGGAACCUCGGGGCUCGCUUCUCGCCAAGCAGACAGUUGAGAUGAUUUGACACAUUAGGUGUCACUAGGGUUUUAUUGUAACUGAUAACAGGUUUUUAGUUGUUGUGUGUUUGGACACAUAGUACCCAGUCUCAUUAACCUUUUUCCCUGUAACUAGAAGAAAUCUGGCAGACAUACUUAAAUAUUUGUAGUUUUACUCUGGCAUGAUUUAAUUCGUUGGAAUUACAUUCUGAAGCUUGGAACAACUUAUUUGU